AUGUUUUUGUCAGGUAAGAAACGUUUAAAAAAGAUAUUGUUAGCAACUACUGUCAUUAUAGUAAUUGCAAAAUUAUUAUUGGACCAUCAUACCAUUAGGAGCAUGCCGGAAAAGAAAACUCCCAAUGAUGAUUUUUACUAUUCUUUGGUUAAUCACUUGAAGACUUACAAACCUAUAGCCUUGGAAGAGACUUCUAUCGAAAAUAAAAAAAAUUUAAGGACAAAAAAUUGUAAAAUGGCCGAUAUGUCAUUAUUUGACGAUAGAGUUAACAACCUUGCUGUUUACAAUAAUUUAAACGAAUGUUAUUCAUUACCUGAUUCCAUUUUCGAUAAUUUGGAAUCAAAUCAUUGGGGUUUUGUAAAUAAAAUUAAGACCGACUUACAGAAAAAAUACCAUCAUCCUUCAAGCUCCAGCAAAGAAACAAAAGAAAAAGAUGAUAAUGAAAGUGAUAUAGGUAUCGUUACUGUUGGUGGAGGCAAGUAUUCUGUUUUGGCCUACAACUCGAUUAGAUCUAUGAGAAAAUUUGGCACAACAUUACCUGUCGAAGUUUUCAUCCCGGAAGUUGAUAAGGUAGGUGAGGAGGAUUUUUGUUUUAAUGUCUUACCUAAAUUGAAUGCAAAAUGUAUUUUCUUAUCAGACGUUUUACCAGACUCUCUAUUAGAAGAUCCUGAUUUCAAAUUUGAUAGAUUUCAGUUUAAAGUUUGGGCUCUAUUAAUUUCUACUUUUAGACACGUAGCAUUUAUCGAUGCCGACAAUUAUUUGAUCAGCAACCUAGACGAUUUCAAUAAUCAAACCAGCUAUUUAGAAAACGGUCUUGUUAUUUGGCCAGAUAUGUGGGCCAGAGUCACACCUCCAACCUUUUAUAAAUUAAUUCACAAACACAUAGAUUUGAAUGAAAAUCCAAUUCGAAACGUGGGUGAUAGUAUAACUCCAUUUGAAAUACAAUAUCCAGAAUAUAAAGAUAAUAGAAUGACAUAUGAUGAUGCAGCUAAUAAAAUCAGAAUGCAUAAUUUCAAAAACACUCUCUCUGACCCAACAAGUGAAAGUGGGCAAAUGCUCAUGGAUAAGGUCAGACAUUUGGAUACAUUAUUAUUAAGUUUAUAUUAUAAUGUCUAUGGCCCAGCAUGGUACUAUAAUAUGUUUUCAUUGGGAGGUGCAGGUGAAGGUGACAAAGAAACGUUUAUAGGUGCAGCUUUUGCUUUGGACAAUCCAUACUAUCAAAUUAAAAGCGGAAUGGGUAUUACCGGCUUUUUCAAGCAAAAGAAAGAGGGGGGUAACGGCGAGUAUAGAGGCUGUGGUUUAUUACAAGUCGAUUUUGAAAAAGAUUACCAACAUUAUUACAACUAUGUAAGGAAAAAUUCCGAAAAGUUAGUUCAGGAUGACUUGUUCGGUAACGAUGACAAUGAUCCAAUCAAAAAAUACAACAAAGGUCGCAUUUUCUAUGAUAAAUGGAUGAAGGAUGAAAAUAACGGUAAAAAUCUCGAAUAUAUGUUUGUUCAUGCCUCGCUGAAUAAAUUCGAUCCAUGGAGAUUAUACAAAGAUAGGGAAUUUGCGUAUGAUAGAGACGGAGUCACUCCGUAUAGGCAAUUUAGAGAUCUAAAAAGAAUGAAAUAUUUUGAUAUUGAACUAUUUGCUUUUGAAGAGUUGGAAAAGGUCAUGUGCCAUGAUGAACAACGUAUUGAUUUUAAAUAUUACCAAGACAAAAAGAAUACUGAUGAUUGGCCCAAGAUUUGUCUGGAGCUAAGCAAAAGAGUGGAAUUUUUAAAGGAAACACAUGACUCAGCAGUUAAACCUGAGAUAUAA